AUGGGGGUGGUGGGAGGGGAGAGGGUGCUGGCGUGUGUGUUUGUGAAGUUCCUGGAGUACAGCCUGGCGGGGAUAGCCUGCGGCCUCGUGGGCCAGGGCGUCGCAAACGGCCUCAUGACUGCAAAGCGCCACUUUGCGGGCCCCAGCGAGCACGACGUGGCGGUGCCCCCGCUGCUCAAGACGGCGCUGGUGUGGGGCCUGUUCAUGGGCGUGUCCAGCAACCUGCGCUACCAGGUGGUGUUUGGCCUGGAGCGCGCCGUGGACAUGACCAUCGCCAGGAAGGUGCCGCAGGUCGCGUACGGCACCACUGUGGCCAUUCGCUUCGUCAACAACGUCAUAGGCGGCGAGAACUUCAUCGACUUGGCGCGCUGGGCUGGCGUGCAGUGA